AUGUUUCUUACACUAAAUGGACCUCACAACCCAUUGACAUUGUAUUUCUACACACUUCCACGAGUGCAAAGGUUCCACACUUCCACUAUUAUUUCUUCACCAACUCACUUUCUCACACUCUCUUCACCUACUCACUUUCUCAAUUUCAUACAAUACUACUUCCGUAAUUUUGACAUACAAUACUACUUCCGAUUCCCAAUAUUAGCCGUUUUAUAACAAAUUUUAAAUGUAAGUUUGACGAUUCGAAAAGUUCUACAAAUCUGAAAUGUAAGUUUGACGGUUCGAAAAGUUCUACAAAUCUGAAAUUUGAGUCAUAUUCAUUGAUGUGAGGGAGCUGUUCUUGAUACUGUUUGAACCUUUGUCGAUUUAGGAUGGAUAAGAGUUGGAUACUGAAGCCUCGUACUACACUUGAGUAUAAGAAAGGGCUACAAAUAUUUUUAGACUUUGCAUUUUCUAAUGUGUCAUCUGAUAAUAGGAUUAAGUGUCCUUGUUCUAGUUGUGGGUUUAGACUAUAUCAGACAAGAGCAGAGGUAUGAUCGAUCAUCUGUUGUUCAGCCCUUUUCCGGCAGGUUACACUGUUUGGUUAUUACAUGGUGAGAAGGAUGUAGGAGAAACUUCAGCCACUAGACAUGAAAGUCAACAUAUUGAAGCUCGUGAUAAUCCAAUGCAAGACAUGGUUAAUGAUGUUUUCAAUUUCUGUGGACAACCUGUUGACCAAGAACAUGCCACAUCUCAUGGAUCAGAAACCGAAGGCGAAGAUAACAUGUUGCCUUUACCUGAUGGUCCAAAUGAUAAAGCUAAAGAGUUUUAUGAGUUAAUGAGGGAUGGGGAACAAGAACUUUAUCAGGGGUGUGUGAAGUACUCAAAGUUGUCUUUUCUAGUGAGACUUUAUCACAUUAAGUGCAUGUGUGGGAUGAGUGAUAAAGCCAUGACGAUGAUAAUAGAGUUGUUGCAUGAUGCCUUUGAGAAUGCAAAGAUCCCCAAGUCAUUCUAUGAGGCCAAGAAAACUAUUAAAAAACUUGGUCUUAGUUAUAAUAAAAUACAUGCAUGUCCAAAUGAUUGUAUGUUAUAUAGGGGAGCAGAUAAAGAAAGACAAGAAUGCAAGCGAUGUAGCACAUCUAGAUGGAAGGUUAAUUCUAAGAAAAAAAAAUUCAGUGAUCUUGAAGCAAAUAAAAAGAAGACACCGCAACCUGCAAAAGUUCUUCGUUAUUUUCCUCUAAUUCCACGACUGCAAAGGUUGUUCAUGUCUAGUAAGACAUCUUCUGAUAUGAGAUGGCAUAGUGUUGAUUGUCAUAAGGAUGGCUUAUUGAGGCAUCCAAGAGAUGCUGAAGCAUGGAAAAAGUUUGACUUCACAUUUCCUGAAUUUUCUCAAGAUCCACAUAAUGUCCGUCUUGCCUUAGCGAGUGAUGGGUUCAAUCCUUUUGGACAUAUGAGCGCUAAUCAUAGCAUUUGGCCAGUGGUUCUAAUUCCGUACAACACCCCUCCUUGGGUAUGCAUGAAACAGUCUAACUUCAUUCUCUCAAUGAUAAUUCCAGGUAAGAGAAUGCCCGGGAAUGAUAUUGAUGUUUACUUACAACCUUUGAUUGAUGAAUUGAAGGAGUUGUGGGAUGGUGUUCAGACCUUUGAUGCUUUGUCAACUGAAACUUUCAAAAUGAGAGCAGCAUUGAUGUGGACAAUUAGUGAUUUUCCAGGAUAUGGUAUUUUGUCUGGGUGGAGCACGUAUGAUGGUUACUCAAGCAAUAUCUCGAGAUGUGUUGAUGUGAAUCAACGAAGAUUAUUUGGGUUGAAAAGUCAUGAUUGCCAUAUUCUUAUGCAGCAACUAUUACCGAUAGCGUUGAGGAACGCAUUACAUGGCUUAGUGUCUGCAGUUAUAGCUGAUCUUUCAUCAUUUUUUCGGCAGUUAUGUUCUAAAGUGUUGAAUCCCAUGGACCUUGAUAACCUCCAAAAUCAAAUCAUUCUCACUUUGUGUCAUUUAGAAAUGAUAUUUCCUCCAUCUUUCUUUACUGUCAUGGUUCACUUAGUUGUUCAUUUAGUUGAUGAAGUGAGACAUCUUGGCCCGGUACAUUAUCGAUGGAUGUAUCCUAUAGAAAGGUUCUUGGGGCAUUUGAAGUCUUUUGUACGUAAUAUGGCGCAACCUGAAGGCUCAAUUGUUGAAGGUUAUUUGGCAGAUGAAAUUCUAACAUUCUGCUCAAGAUAUUUUGAAGAUGUCGAGACAAGAAUGAAUAGGCCGAGGCGUGUGGAUGAUAAACCUAAUGAUGUUGGAUAUCAUGAAAAGGAAACUAUGUUCCCAAAAAUUGGCAAAUCAGUAGCGGGUUCAUAUUUUAAGCUACCACCAAUGCAGAAGCUACAAGCACAUCGUCAUGUGUUAAUUAAUUGUCCAGCAGUUGACCCAUUUAUCCAGGAAUUUAGGACAGAAACAAAGAGAAGGUUAAGGAGUCGAACUCGGUCGGAAUCUACGAUAGAUAAAAUUGUGCACAAAGAAUUUGUUGACUGGUUUCAAAAGCGAAUUUUGAAUGACGUCAACGAGCAUCCCAGGGAACUUAGGUGGCUUGCAGUUGGACCACUUGAAGAAGCUAAGAGAUUUACUUCAUACAAUGUCAAUGGGUUCAAAUUUAGAACUCUAUCACGAGUGCAGGGGCUGAAAACUCAAAACUGUGGAGUAUUUGGUACAUUUGAUACUAGAAGUUAUGCAAGCAACCGUGACAACAAUAUGGUAGUUGGAGGUGUUCCGUAUUACGAAAAAUUGGUGGACAUAAUCGAAUUGAACUACAAUGGUCAAUUUACAGUUACAUUGUUCAAGUGUCAAUGGGCUAAUACCACUACUGAUAGAGGCAUAAAAAAAGACGAGUUAGGUUUUACGAGUGUUAAUUUUUCCCAUUCGAUACAUCUUGGUGAUCGGGAAGAGCAUGAGCCGUAUAUAUUGGCAUCACAGGCCCAACUUGUAUAUUACGUCGAUGAUGAAAAAGAAAAACAGUGGAGUGCUGUUGUUCAUCUAAAACCAAGAGACUUGUAUGACAUGGGAGAAGAAACAGAAGAAGAGUCCAUUUAUGAUGUCAUUUCUUCUUCACAAGAAGAUCUGGGUAGUCGGUUUCCUGAUGGCGAUCAAGAUUUACGAUUGACAAGGGAUGAAAAUAGAAGAUGAAGAUAAAUAUUAUUUAGAAAUAUGAUUACUAGAUUUAAAAAGUUUUAAAUGAACACUGCUUCAUCCAAACUGUUUGUUGCACAUUUAAUUAGAGUUCCUCCACCUGUAUAAUAGGCUUCUGUCUUGACACUUGAUGUUAAUUUUGACUUCAAUUUUCUCUAUUAAAGUCUCUGCUUUUUGAUUGGUUGUUGCUAAAAUUAUGUGUUACUAACUUUCUGCCUAUAU